AUGUUCCUCAAACCUCAGACCACGAAAUCCGCACAAAAACAGGCAGGUGCUGAUCCUGCACUGCAGCCCUGGGUCGAGAAAUAUCGUCCAAAGACAAUCGACGAUGUCUCCUCUCAAGAACAUAUCGUAGCUGUGCUUCAAAAGACGCUGACGUCGACCAAUCUCCCUCAUAUGCUAUUCUAUGGACCUCCUGGGACAGGGAAGACCUCGACCAUCCUUGCACUAUCUCGUCAACUCUUCGGUCCAGACAACUUCAAAAACCGCGUACUCGAGCUAAACGCAUCCGACGAACGUGGCAUAACGAUCGUACGAGAGAAAAUCAAGAACUUUGCUCGUCAAACUCCUCGUGCGCAAGCCGUCGCAUCAGACGGCAAAACCUAUCCUUGUCCACCAUACAAAAUCAUCAUACUCGACGAGGCAGACUCGAUGACACACGAUGCCCAAUCCGCAUUGCGUCGUAUCAUGGAGACCUACGCACGAAUCACGCGCUUCUGUUUAGUGUGCAACUACGUGACUCGCAUUAUCGAACCUCUCGCCUCGCGUUGUUCCAAGUUCCGCUUCAGACCGCUUGAUGACUCUGCUACCAAGCUACGCCUCCAGCACAUUGCUGAUGCUGAGAGAGUUCCGGUUAUCCCAGAGGUUGUCAGCACGCUUAUAAACGUUUCAGGCGGUGACCUCCGACGUUCGAUAACAUAUUUACAAUCGGCCUCUCGACUUUCAUCAUCAACAGAUCCUCCAACGGAGAUCACAUCUCAAGAUAUUCAAGAAAUCGCAGGAGUAGUACCAGACCGAGUAGUGAACUCCUUUGGCCGUGUACUCGGUGUAGAUAUCAGCGAUGGCGAUGAAAUGGAUGUAGAUGACGCUAAGAAACGACGGAAAGGCUUUGAAGCUGUCAAAUUCAAAGUAAAGGGUCUUAUACGGGAAGGAUAUUCAGCAUUUCAACUUCUUUCACAACUGCACGACCUAAUCAUUUUACACCCGACGUUGACUGCUAGACAAAAGGCGCGAUGUGCGAUGGUCUUUGCUGAGGCAGACAAAGCAUUAUGCGACGGUGCGGAUGAGGAACUCCAAGUACUUGAAGUUGCCUUACAAGUGCACCAGGCACUGAGUUAA